UCUUGAUGUUGUUUGGCGUGUAUCGGAUGAUGCUUAGUGUUACAUCUAGCGGGGGAUUCUGUCCUUUCCAGCGGGAGUAGGCGACUCUCCACGUCGUUUCAGGAGGACCAGACGUCGGGUAGCCUACCUGUCCUCAAAGACCCCGCCACCAUGGAUUUCUCCUUCAUGGCAACGCAGAUUCCAGUGAUGACAGGUGCCUUCAUGGACUCGUCUCUCAACGAUGACUACAGCACAGAUCACUCUCUGUUCAACUCGUCCGCCAGCGUCCACGCUGCCUCCAUGGUAGCUCACAGUCAGCCUGAGGAGUCCCAGUCCAUGUCCGGGGACGCCAUUUGGCUCUGGAUUGCCAUCACCGCCACCAUUGGGAACAUUGUAGUUGUGGGUGUCGUGUAUGCAUUCACAUUCUGA